GCGGCGCCCCCCCCGGUGUUGCUUUGGAUGCCUGGCUGGCUUCUGCCCUUCAGCCCUGCAGAGUCGCCAGCCCGGGGGAAGCGGGCCCGGAGUCGGACAGGCGAGCGAGUCAGCGGCGCCUCCCGAGCGACACGCGUCGCUGCAGGCCGUGCCCGGGCGAGGCGUCCCUUCCCACGACGGGAGGAGGCCGCCCGCUCCCCCCUCCGGCCCGGCGAAACCGGCGCCACUCCUGCUCCGGCCACUUGCAAGGAGCCUGGCGGAGUCCCCGGGAGUGGCGCACGAGGAGGCGGCGGAGGAAGAGGUGACCCCCAAAUGGCGAACUCUUCCAGGAGCGAUGACUUCUACAUCGGCCUGGGUCUGGCUCUCGGCUCGAGCAUAUUCAUCGGCGGAAGCUUCAUCCUGAAGAAGAAGGGCCUUCUCCGGCUGAACGCCAGGGGCUCCGUCAGAGCAGGUCUCGGGGGCCAUGCCUACCUCCGGGAAUGGCUGUGGUGGGCCGGCCUGCUGUCCAUGGGGAUUGGGGAAGCCGCCAACUUCGGGGCCUACGCCUUUGCCCCAGCGACGCUGGUCACUCCUCUGGGAGCACUGAGUGUUCUCGUCAGUGCAGUCUUGGCCUCCUACUUCCUGAACGAGCAGCUCAACCUCCACGGGAAGAUGGGCUGCGUCCUGAGCAUCCUGGGCUCCACGGUGAUGGUGAUCCAUGCCCCUCAGGAGGAGGAGGUCUCCAGCCUGGAGUCCAUGGCGGAGAAGCUGAGGGAUCCAGGCUUCAUCGCGUUUGCCGUCUGCAUGCUGGUGAGCUCCGCCCUGCUCGUCUUUGUGGCCGGCCCUCUCUACGGGCAGAGCAACGUCUUGGUGUACAUCCUGGUCUGCUCGGCCAUCGGCUCCCUCUCCGUCUCCUGCGUCAAGGGCUUGGGCAUUGCCGCGAAAGAGCUGUUUGCGGGGAAGCCUGUCUGGAGCGAGCCGCUGGCCUGGCUGCUCCUGCUUGGCCUCGUGCUCUGCAUCAGCGUCCAGAUCAACUACCUGAAUAAGGCCUUGGACAUUUUCAACACCUCGGUGGUCACCCCGAUCUACUACGUCCUCUUCACCACGGCGGUCAUGACCUGCUCCGCCAUCCUCUUCAAGGAGUGGCAGCACCUGGUGCUCAUCAACAUCAUCGGCACCGUCAGCGGCUUCCUCACCAUCGUCUUCGGCAUCUUCCUCCUCCACGCCUUCAGGGACGUCCCCUUCACUGCUGACCUGCUGCCCCUCUAUCUGAGGCGUGGCCGGAGGGACGGGCACGCAGCUGCUUGGAGGAAGGAGGACAAGCACCCGUCCUGCCUGCACCAGCCUCUUCUGGAGCCAGAGGGCAUCCACAAAGAGGGGGCAGCAAGAGCAGAGGUGGAAGGGGGUCAAAGCUUAUGAAAGCAAACUGGGGCGGCGUUGCCUAGGGGCGUUUUAGAAAACCAGCCCCAGCCCGAGCUCUUCUGAAGACCUUCUCAGGGCCGCCACUGCCGCUGCUGCUUCCCACGACGGAACUUGAACCGGACACCACUAGGUCAUGCCAACGUAUUGGGAGAAGGCCACUUGCCUAUGUACGCGCUCUCUCCCUGGCAGCAUCCCGGAGGAAGAGUGCAGGCUGGAGCUCAGCAACUGGUAUCGUCCCAGUUGGGUUUGGCCCUCUCUCCUGCUCGCGUUGUCAGAGGGCAGGCAGACUAGGAUCCCAAGAACCACUGCGAUUGCUCUGGGUAGCUGAGAGGGCUUGGGAUGUAUUUCUUGAACCCCCCUGUGCACAGAAAACAGCUUUUGAAAUUGCAUGGGAGUUCCCCAAAAAGGCUGAGGGAUCGGGUCGGGCGGAAAGAGUGUCUGUUAUGAUCUGCAAGGUGCACACAACCUUCCGGGACCUCUGUGGGUCCUCCCAAGCAGAGGCAGGUGUUCAUGAGCAAGUCUGAUAAGGCUCCUGCCUCUGAUCUCCCAGGAAAUAAUGCGGGUGGGGGGAGAGAGGAAGAGAGGAAGGGUUCAGCAAGAGGAUUCCCUUGUGGACAGAGAGAGGAGCAGGCGGGCGGGAUUCUCCUUGUCUCUCUCCGGAGGUGCUGGCAGGGCUUGGGGCCCGGCAGGCUGACUCUACCACAAAGUGCCCACGGCUAAAACCUGCUGUGAAGCAGGGGCUUCCGCUCUUAUGGAGGAAGCCCCGGCUCAUCCUGACUGUCAAGUGUGCUUGAGGAAGUCCGCAUUCAUUGGGACUGACGGGACGUGCUGUCACAUAACCGUGUUCAGAUUCGAAGGGUUCAUCUCCCUGACAGAAAUGCAGCUCUUUGGUGUGCACAUCUGAUCUCGGCAGCAACAGCUGGAAGGGUGAUGCAUUUUCGGUGGCCUCAAUUAACCUCCUCCCUCCCCCCUCAAAUUUAAGCAUUAAGGUUUACAAAUUAAUUUAAAACUUUUUGUAUGGGGAUGCAGCAUCAAUAGCUGUAAAAGUGUUGCACACAAUAUAUGUGUGUGUUUUACAGAAAAAAUACUGAAGUAUGUCACAUUUUA